AGUUUCAGCUGAAUCUCUCGACGACCUCUCUCUCUCUUUUUCCUCUUCGCAAAUCCUUGAAGAAUCAAAAAUCCAUAGCAAUGGCGACUUCAGUAGCUCGAUUUUCUCGGAGAGGAGUAGCUUCUAACCUGAUCCGUCGUUUCUUCGCUGCGGAAGCGGCGGUGGCGACGAGGACGGAGGUGCCGAAGCCGAAAUUGACGGUGUCGCCGUCACCGGAUCGUGUGAAGUGGGACUACAGGGGACAGAGACAGAUCAUUCCUCUGGGACAGUGGCUUCCGAAGGUAGCCGUUGAUGCCUACGUGGCACCAAACGUUGUGUUGGCCGGCCAGGUCACAGUCUGGGACGGCUCGUCCGUCUGGAACGGUGCUGUUUUGCGCGGCGAUCUCAACAAAAUCACCGUCGGAUUCUGCUCGAAUGUACAGGAACGGUGUGUUGUUCAUGCCGCGUGGUCUUCACCAACAGGAUUACCAGCAGACACAUUGAUCGACAGGUACGUGACAGUGGGUGCAUACAGUCUUCUGAGAUCAUGUACGAUUGAGCCAGAGUGCAUCAUCGGGCAACACUCAAUACUAAUGGAAGGUUCGCUGGUCGAGACUCGCUCAAUUCUCGAAGCUGGUUCAGUUGUGCCACCAGGAAGAAGGAUCCCAUCAGGUGAACUAUGGGGAGGAAACCCAGCAAGAUUCAUAAGAACCCUAACCAACGAAGAAACUUUAGAGAUCCCAAAACUCGCUGUAGCCAUCAACCAUUUAAGCGGAGAUUACUUCUCGGAGUUCCUGCCUUACUCCACUGUCUACUUAGAGGUAGAGAAGUUUAAGAAGUCCCUUGGAAUCACCGUUUAGAGGGCUUCGUUUUUCCGGUUUAGUGUGAUAUCUAUCGUAUGAGGUCUCUCUGCAUAUUGCAAUAAGUAGCUGAAGAACAUCAAAACAAGUCCGGCUCUCUUUUUUUUUUUAUUAUUCAAAUGUUUGUUUUCUCAUUUUUCAGUUUCAUUGUAAAAUUCCAUUUUAAACUGAUUUUGGCUGGAUAAUGUCUGAAUGAUAAUGGCGACUACUUCUGUUUUGUUGCCUGUGGGCAACGAAAGAUUUGCUGAAA